UAUUGCUGCUGGCUGCUAGUCAUUAGUGUUCAUCUGAGUGGAAAGGUUGAGCCUUGGUCAACGCUGUACUGUGGAAAAAACACCAAGACGUCGGUGACGCCAGACGGAACCGUCAGCUAACGUUACACAGUGUUCCAACCCACUAGAAACAUCAAGAUGAGUUGGGCUCAGUGUAUGAGCAAUGUCGGCGUGUUGAUAAUGAACAAUAAGCUGGUCACAUUCCUUAGUGUGGCCCUGUUUGCGUUCGUGAUCACCACGAUAGCGUUGUCCGAAUCGAACAACACUAAUGCGGCCGAUUUGGACGAGUGCCGGGCAAAGUUGUUGAGCGCGACAACGACUACGGUGGCCACUACUACUACUUUGGCACCUACGACUACGGUGGUCAAUACUACUACUUUGGAACCUACGACUACAACAGUGGCACCCGCGGCAUCAGGCUAAAAUCGGCAAACCGGGAACACUUAUCCUUUCAGCGAAUCAUUUUACGGGAACACACGAACACGAAAUGGACACGAAACGAAACAGGCACACAAAAUGCCUGUAGCUGUUUUAUGAAACUUUAAAAUUGGUUGACAACUGUGCGUAGCAUGCAAUCGGGGAAAAUCUCGUCGUCAGGUGAAUCUGUUGAGGCGGUGGAUGCAAGCGUUGCCCUGCGCUGAAGUAAAAAAUCGGUAACAAUAAACGACAAACAAUUUGGA